AUGACAUCUGUCCCCCUCCCAGGUGACCGGCUCCUGCAGGUGGAUGGAGUGAGUCUGUGCGGCCUCACCCACAAGCAGGCUGUGCAGUGCCUCAAGGGUUCUGGGCAGGUUGCAAGACUGGUCUUAGAGAGAAGAGGCCCCAGGACCACACAGCAGAGUCCUUCUGUUAAUGGCACGAUGGGAGAUAGAGGCACCGCUGUUUCCUUGGCAACAGCCUUGCCCGGCAGGCCUGCAAGCUGCAUCUCAGUGACAGAUGGUUGUAAGUUUGAAGUCACUCUGAAAAAGAAUGCCAGUGGCUUAGGAUUCAGCUUCAUGCAGAUGGAGAGAGAGAGCUGCAGUCAUCUCAAGAAUGAUCUUGUGAGAAUUAAGAGGCUCUUCCCGGGGCAGCCGGCUGAGGAGAACGGGGCCAUUGCCGUUGGUGACAUUAUCCUGGCAGUGAAUGGAAGGCCCACAGAAGGCCUCGUCUUUCAGGAGGUGCUCCAUUUACUGCGAGGGCCAUCAGAGGAAGUCACACUCCUACUUUGCCGACCCCCUCCAGGUUCACUGCCUGAGAUAGACCAGGGAUGGCAGACACCCGUGCUCUCGGCAGACAAAGAAUUCACCAGGGCAACUCGCACUGACUCUGAGCAGAGCCCCAGUCUGGAUCAAGAGGAUGGCCGUAGGGACAGUGCCUCCCCCGAUGCGGGGGAAAGCCUGGGUCCUGGGCCAGAGUCUUUCCAAAAGGCCACUGGUGAGGCACAACGGGACCAGGACAUAGAGAGACCCUGGGCCACUUCCUCGAUGCGACCGCAGGACUUCCCCCCUCAUUUAUGCAGACCUCAGCAAGAAAUGGAUGUCUCAGCAUUGGCCACCUCUUUGGAAAGGGAUAUGAAGCAAAACUGCUAUUCGGUUUGUGAUAUCAGGGGACUUGAAAGAUUUUCCUACUCACCCUCUCUAACCAGGCUUUCGACAGAUAUUUUCUGA